AUGAACUCAUUCAACUGGUUCUAUGCAGAUUCGGAGGCUGCUGUGGAGGGAUUGGAUGGACUCUUCUCAACAAUGACACUCGAAGAUACAAGUGUGGAAGAGGCAGAACCUGGUGGUCCAGAACUCACCUUAAUGAGAUCACCAUUUGCCCAUGAAGACUGAUUGGUAAUCUGCUGUGGGACCAAGUUUCAAUUGAUGAUUGCUGGUCUGCUGGUUUACAUCGAUUGGAAUGAGGGCCAGGGGUGGUCGGGUGGAUGAUUCUCAAUGAUUCACUGUUGCUGGAACCUAGAUGGAAUGUUGCUGCGUU